AUGGAAUCGAGUAGCAAGCCCCAAAGUUGUCAUUUGGAAGACGACCACCAGCUGAUUGUGACGCGAAGGCGCUUACUCUUGUCACACAAGCUAGGGCUCGUUCAGCCGCAUGGGAGAGUCGGGAGGGCACCAAUCAACGAGGCCGAACAGAUGCACAUGCGGCUCAACGAUAUCUGUCAGACAUGCCCUUAUGGUGUCCGAGAAAAGUCUCUCUAUUCAUACUUGCCACAUAACAUGAGGAGAAGGCAUAUCAUGAAAUUCAAGCUGUGGGCGGGCAGUCUGGGGGCUCACAGAGCCUCAGGGGCGCGGUCCCUGGAGUAUCGGCUUCCACUGCCAUUAUUGGAAGCUGGCCAUGGCACGGAAGUGGAACAAAUAGAGGGUGACGCUAUUGAUGAUGAACUGGCCGCUAUGUUCGAUGCAAGCUCAGAGGACGGGUUUGAAUUUUCCACCGGGAGUCGCAACAACGAGCUCACUGACUUGCUCUCUGGGAUUGGCAACGUGGUCGACUGUCUGCUUCGUUUCUCAGUAACAAUUAGCAACCCGGCUCCCCACGAUCACUUCAAAUCUCGAGCAGGUGUCGAACUCACCCAUCACUUUGAGCAUUACGAUACACUGCACGUGCGCUCCAAGUAUCCUCACAUGCAUCCAAAACUUUCGGAGCGGCUUGGUCGCAUGCUCACCUAUCGGCGGCGAUAUUUCAAGUACAGGGAGGAUCACCACACUCGACUAAAGCAAGGGUUGGAAGAAGCCUUGGAUGAUGGAGCCAGCAAAGGAUUGGCGACGACAGUAGCGUCAUCGCUGCCGCAAGAGUUGAAAGACAGUACCCAGACACAUCUCGCCGUGAUGAAUGACGACCGUUCCGAGAUCUCAGCUACUUCAUACGCAACGUCUACUUUGGGUCAGAGCGAGUUAAGAGUGCCGCCUAUUCCCAAACAGAAACAUGUCUUCCGCGACCUCAGACCUUAUGCUUGUCUUGUAGAGACAUGUGCAGUUGAUCAUGACUUUCAGCGCAGGAAGGACUGGACACGUCAUAUGUUACAAGACCAUUGGAGGACUUGGACUUGCCCUUUCAGAUGCGCCGGCGUAUACUCAUCAUCCUCAGAUCUCCGAGAUCACCUCUAUAAAAGCCACACCAUAGAGGUUGUAGGACAGGACGUAGACGCCAUUUUGAACCUCAGCAGUAUGGCUGAUGUUAGCCGUGCGGAAGGAUCAUGUCCGCUUUGUGGCUUCGAAAUAAAAUCAAGUCAUCAAUACCAGUCACAUCUUGGACAUCACCUUGAACAGCUGGCUUUAUUCGUCUUGCCGAAUCAGGAGGGAGAGGAGGAGGGAGAGGAGGACGACGACGACGAUGACUACGAGUACGACAUAGAAUCCAGUGAUGACACUGAUUUCGAGACGGAUGGCGAGGAGAAGGUCAGGUAUGUCACGAGGAUCAUCAAGGACAACAAAGGACGAUUGUCGCUCGUUCGUAUGACCAAGGACGAGGUGAAUCAAAUCAAAGCCAUCAAAGAAAGAAUGACCAACCAGAGAUUGGAUGUCCCACCACGACGAUCUGUACCUCCACCUCCGCAUACCGAGGCGCUGGAGCUGCCCAAGACUCCAUCGCCGGCAGAGAAGAAAUCAAACCCUCAGCUGGAGCUGAUGGAGACUCAAUUAGAAUUUCUGAAGGACGAACUCAAGGAACAAGAAGAUGCAGCCAAAAAGACAAAGGUAGAGAAGAAGAUCAGAGAGAUUACCGAGCAGACCUUCGAGAUCAGGAUGGAGCAACUAAGAGCGCAGGAAGAAAUCAAGAAGGAAAUUGAACUUCUCAAGGUUUCUAGAAAAGAUACAGGCAUGGAAACAGGCAGAGUAGUCAGAGAUGAUAAGAUUGACAAGCCAACAGAGUCCUCGCUUCAUGACAGCAGCACGCCUCGUCAAACCAACAGCGAGAGGUCCGGACCAGAGCAAAUCGCAGAGUCGGCGCUACAAAACCACGAGGACGUGGACGGACAGACAAACAUUCUGACAGCUGAAAAUCUCCGAAGGGUCUCUGGAUUUCCAAGAAGGCGCAUCAGAAGCCCUAGCGUCAUGGUUGAGACUGACCACGGGCAUUCUGCAGCCACGAGGAACCGCAUAGACAACGACGAUAUGACAAUCUUUGUCAAGGGCAUGGGAUCCCUAACGAUAGGCAAUGCCCAGAUGGACAUCAAGGACGGUGCCGAGAUCGCCAUCCGUACGCACAGCAACGAUAGGAACUCGAGCGUCAGCGAUGACGACGCGACCGUCUCCAGUCCCCAACAACAGGCAGCACCGCGACAGAGGACUUCGAUAGCAUGUCGUUCCUGCCGUGAACGGAAAAUUCGUUGCAGUGGCUAUAGCCAGACUCCCAAUGGGAAAUGUACGAACUGCAGAAAGACGGGCAACGAGUGCAUCUUCCAGCCGGCUUCCUCGUCCUCGGCCACUGAUUUUGUGCCCGUUUCAGCUGUGCCUGGUGGUGUUAUUCCCGGGACGCCUUUUUUGGCCGCUGGGACGCCUUUGCCUGGCGCUUUUGGUCAACCGUUGCCGCAAGGAGGAGCACAGCCAGCACAACCUGCAGUGGCGGGCCUUAGGAUUCACAAUCAUAAGCCUCGUCCAAGAGGUCGUUCACCAGCAGUCAUUGGGAAAAAUGACAUCGCCAAGACAAGGGCGAGAAGUAUGAGCACUGGCUCGCCGCCUGUAGAUGUCCUUGAGAAGGAAGAAGUCCGUCCCCGCCGUCCCCGAAUCGAGGAUGACUCGCGGGGGAGGAUAAGUAGCCUAAGACGUCACGAUACAUCUCGCGUAGAGAUCAGUUCCCGAGUCAACAACUUUGACGCACAAGGCCAAAGUCUUAAACGACAGGCUUCCAGUCCUCCUGCUGAAGAAACCGAUCUACUAAACGCGUCCGACCACAGCGAUCUCCUCCGUCGACGCGAAGGUAACCUCAAUCCGCCUUCUACCCCAGACCAUGUGACGCAGAAAGACUUGCCCUAG